GUGACCAUUAUUGAUAAUCCGAUGAAUACAACACACUUACGGUUAGAUGACGUUAUGUCAUUCAUUGAUGAUCAGAUAUUGGUGAUACCGACAUUGGAUAAGGAUGUGAGAGCUUAUUUGGAUGCUGAAUUGUUUAAAAAAUUCCGUGAUGAAGUGGUUUUAAUCGAUUUGCCAACAUAUUUGGAUGAGGAUAGGAGAGGAAAUUGCGGCAUGUACACUGCUAUAUUGGCUACUGAUAAAUUUGUAUACGUGCCUGUAUUUGGAAAUGAUCCGGGAAAUUGGAAGAGAGGACAUUCAACGAUGAUGGAUAAAAUUAUCAUACAUAUGAUUGAGGUAAAUACGCGAAAAACCGUAGUACCAGUUAAUGUACCACGAAUAAUUUGUGAACGUGGGAUUUCGUUACGUUCUCUAGCUUGGACAUUACGAGGUAACGUUGCUGAUCACAUGAUUCACGUUGCACGUGGAACUCCAGCAAAAAUGUUCGCAUGA